AGUUUUCGAGCGACGCGACGAGUGGACGAUGUACAUCGUUUAGUUUUUUUUGGUCGUGAAUUACAGGUUUUGAAAACUAAUUAAUCUGUAUUUGUGUAAACACGUUUAGAGCAACAUGCCUAAAGUUGUUUCGCGAAGUGUGGUUUGCUCUGAUACGCGGGACCGUGAAGAAUAUGACGACGGAGAGAAACCCCUUCAUGUUUACUACUGUUUAUGCGGCCAAAUGGUUCUUGUACUUGAUUGCCAAAUUGAGAAGUUACCCAUGAGGCCGAGGGACAAGUCCAGGGUUAUAGAUGCCGCCAAACAUGCCCAUAAAUUCUGCAACGUGGAAGAUGACGAGUGUGUGUACCUGAAAAGGCCAGAAGGCAUCGAGAGGCAGUACAGAAAGAAAUGUGGCAAGUGUGGUCUGCUGCUCUUCUAUCACCACCAGAUCAAGAACGCCACGGCAACCUUCAUUGUUGACGCUGCCGUGGUGAAGUUUGGCCAAGGCUUCGGGAACCCAAGUGUCUACAGUCAGAAACAGGAGGCUCCAAAGAAAGUCAGGGUGAUGAUGACCAAACGGACCAAAGACAUGGGCAAGUUCAGCUCUGUUACCGUGUCAACCAUAGAUGAAGAGGAGGAAGAGAUUGAGGCGAGGGAGGUUGCAGACUCCUAUGCGCAGAACGCCAAGGUCAUCGAGAAGCAACUGGAGAGGAAGGGCAUGAGUAAGAGGAGACUGCAGGAGCUGGCUGAGCUGGAAGCAAAGAAGGCCAAAAUGAAGGGCACACUCAUUGACAACCAGUUUAAGUAAAGUGUGUGCGUGUGUGUGUGUGCGUGUGUGCGUGCGUGUGUGUGUGUGUGUGUGUGUGCGCGUUUGCUCAUGUAUGUGUUCUGUCCCCCUUUGAUGGGUUUGAAUGGGUUGUCAGGCUGUCAUCAAAAAUGUGCCUGUAAAUAACAUGAUAGAAAAUGGAAAGUCAAUAGCAUGAUUGGUACAUACAGUAUGUGCCGUAAAAGCAGCGUUUUCUUUUAUUCUGAUGGGCUUUUCUAUGAAGAUGUAGAACAUUGGAUUUUUACUGAAGAAUCUACUAUUAUUUCUGCAUUAUUUCUCUGUUUUGUUAUUAAAAAAUCCUUUUGUCAA